AUGGUAGUUGCAUGUUCUCCGUGCCGGAAACGGAAGAUCAAAUGCGAUGGAAAUAAGCCUUUCUGUUUCCAAUGUAAACAGCGACUACAACACUGUUCAUAUGACAGAAUAAGUGACAAAAGAAAACGGUCUCAUGCUGAAUUUGAAGAGUUGACAAAGCGAUACGAGCGAGCCAAAGAACUCAUAGCCGCCAUUGCUGAAGGUGGAAAGAAGAGUGAAGAAGUGGUGAAAAUGCUUCAGCUGGACCUGAACGACUCGAAAAGCUUCAAAAGUGAAGAAACUAGCCCACAAGUUCCGUUCGAGAAUAUCGAAUUUGAGAAUAAGUUACUUCGAUCGGAUGGUCAUGGAAAGCUUAGUUUCUACGGAGAAACUUCCAAUGUACCAAUGAUAGUGAAGGAUGUUCCUAAAGAGCGCAGAACUGUACCAUCGCUUUCUUAUGACUUUUUGAGAGUAAAUUCAACAAUCUUCACUGGAACCCUGGAGGAAAAGGUGCUUGAACUUCUCACGUUGUACUUUUCAUGGCAGCAUACUUACUACAACAUCUUCAACAAGGGGCUCUUUCUACGAGAUAUGCAAACCAAUGGGCCGUUUUUCUCGGAAUUUUUGCACCAUUCAAUCUUAUCUCAUGCUGUCCAUUUUUCUGACCAAUACGAAGAGGGCAAUGAAUUGAACGAUCCUUUCUACAAAAGAGCCAUAGCAAUGCUCCCAGAUGAGCUUGAAAAUGCAUCGAUAACAACAAUUCAGGGCCUAUUGCUUCUAGCCAGUAAAGAAUCUGGAGUAGGCAAUAUUAGUUUAGGGUGGAUUCAUUCGGGAAUUGCAUUCAGAAUAGCAAUCGAUCUUGGACUCCAUCUCGACGGAACAAAGUUGAAAAGCGACGGAACGAUACUGGAAGACGAAGACAACGUUCGACAGGACACGUUUUGGGGAUGCUACAUUUUUGACCAUGGAUGGAGCUUCUAUCUUGGGCGACCAUCUGCCAUGAACGAAUUGGACAUUUUGUUAGAAUUUCCUAAUUAUACCUACGAGAGCCCUGUGCAAUGGGCACCAUUUUAUGAAAAUGACGGAGAGCACGAGGGAGAACUUGUUGAUUUCUACCCCAAGAACACUCGAACCGCUAUCAUAAAGCUCUACUUGAUUUUGAAGGAAAUCAUCAGCUCGAUUUAUUCCCAAAGUUUCAAGAAAAAUAGUAAGCAAAACUACCUUGAAGCUCUAGAGGUAUGCCAUCAGAGACUCGUUGAAUGGCAGGCAGAACUUCCCAACCCACUUCAAUAUAAUGACGCAAUAAUGCACCCAGCGGUCAUCAUGGUGCACACCAUGUAUCAUUCGGCAAUUGUGUUUUUGUUUCGACCAUUUUUCAAGCUUGGGGGUCAAGACUGGACGCACAGCAAUAUCCCAGAUCCUUUAGUCAAGGGCAAGACCAGUGCAAAUUCUAUCAUUGAUCUUCUAGGGAGAUACAGGGAUUCAUAUUCGCUAAGAAAAAUCCCAAAUCUCGCCGUAUAUGUUAGCUCAACAGCAACUACUGUUUUUCUAGCAAUUACCUCACUUGGUAUAGCUGCAAAUGUCACCGAGCUCUCAACAUGCCGCACAAUUCUAUGUGAAUUAUGCAAAUCAUGGCCUGAUGCAAAUUCCAUAUACAAAAUAUUGAACGAUAGAUUGGAGGGUAACAUAGAACAAGAGGCCCUGGUCAUGACCAAGUGGGACGAUUAUCAAUUUAACGAUCUACAGGAUUUGCUUUUUGGGUCAGACUUCUACAUAGACUGGAGCAAUCUAAGCCCAUAA